AUGGGUUCAAUACAAUGGUUCCUCUUCGUCUACGUCCUAGGUGGCCUCACCUUCGUCCCCUUGGUGAUUGUGCUCUUCCUCCUCCAUGCCUACUAUACACUCCCUCCGCCGAAAGAUGAGACGGAGAAACCCCACGACGAUCCGGCUCAGCUCGUUCGCCCUGGCGACGAGAAAGCGGCUUUCAAAACCGCUACCGACGAUUUAGCCGAGCAGUUUCAUCGAAACCAUGACUCUGAUGUGGCCGCGGGAUAUUUCGCAGUCAGUCGAGAAUACGUACCAGGUGGCGUCAAUGGCAAGCCCCCCGAUAAACUCACGCCGGCGGGCGAUGUGAUGGCACAAGAAUCUCCCAGCGUCUACCAGAGCAUGUACAGAAGUAUAUUUGACCGGUCACAAAAACCAACAAUAGAACCGAACAAGGAUGGUGCGGGAAAGAACGUGAAGAAGUCAAACAAUGUGUUCUAUGUGGUCCUGAGACACGGACACCUCAUGCUUUACGAUGACAUACAACAGAUGGAAGUUCGCUAUGUCAUCUCCCUUGAAUAUCACGAUGUUGACGUCUAUGCGGGGGGAGAAGAGAUCCCCGAAGGAGAAUUGUGGAUUAAACGACACUCCAUUCGGCUGAAACGGAAGAAGACCCGGGCUGGGGACCACUCCCACUCCCUGCCAUUCUUCCUCUUUGGCGAGAGUUUGUCGGAAAAGGAGGAUUUCUAUCAUGCGCUGCUGAGAAAUCAAGAGAAGAACACUAGCGACGAUUCGCCGGUCCCACAACAAUUCGAGGUCGAUCAUAUUGUGAUGCUGGUUCAGAAGCUCCAUUCAUCGGAAGAGCACUUGCAAACGAGGUGGCUCAACGCGAUGAUCGGCCGCUUGUUCUUGGCCAUGUACAAGACGCCAGAGAUGGAGAAUUUCAUCCGAACCAAGCUCACCAAGAAGAUUUCACGAGUCAAGAAGCCGAAUUUCAUCACCAAGCUGGCGUUGCGCAAGAUCGACCUCGGAAAUGGCGCCCCUUUCGUGACCAAUCCAAGACUGAAGGACCUCACGGUCAAUGGAGAUUGUACCGUCGAGGCCGAUGUCAAUUACACGGGACACUUCCGCAUUGAAAUUGCCGCAACGGCGCGGAUUGACCUGGGAUCCCGCUUCAAGACGCGUGAGGUCGACAUGGUGCUGGCGGCCACCUGCAAGAAGCUCGAAGGCCAUGUCUUGGUGCGGUUCAAACCACCACCGAGCAAUCGAUUCUGGUUUACAUUUGAAAAGAUGCCACAGCUCGUGCUGGAUCUGGAACCGAUCGUCAGUUCGCGACAAAUCACCUACACUUUCAUUCUCAGAGCGAUCGAGAGCCGAAUCAGAGAAGUCGUGGCCGAGAGUAUUUGUAUGCCUUUUUGGGACGAUGUUCCUUUCUUUGAUACACGCCAUCAGCGUUAUCGGGGAGGCAUCUGGAAGACGGAACCGGUGUCUACCGAUGCCACGGAAAUCCCCAAUGACGAUGUCGAGGAUGCGGCUGAAGCGAGUGAUUCAGGAACCAGAAUGCCAGCCGAGUUAUCCAAAGAUGAUCGAGCCGUGAGUAUGCCUGUAUUGGCCGACAGCAAAGCACCGGGCAAGAUCAAUGCCGCCAAAAAGUCAAUAUCAUCGCUCAAUGAUCUUUCGGGCACGAAGUCUUCUGAGAUAGUGGACAAACCUGAUCCAUCAACACCACGGUGGAUGCGAUCGCCUUCGUUCGCCAGUGCCGCCAAUCCCACCAUCACGGCAAAUCACGCGGACGGCAACACACCGACACGAGAAUCUGAUCCGAGCUUGAAACGAGAGAGCAUUGCCACAAUUUUGAAAGAUCUGUCGGCUAGAGCAGGAUCAGGAAACCCUUCACCAUCAGGAUCAUUAACGGGAUCACCUCCGGUGGAGUCGGUCAUGGCAUCGGCGGUGAAGGACAUACCCAGGAGGCCUUCAGAUGUUGCUUCCAAGGCUUCAGAUGAUGGUUCAAUGCAACAGGACGAUCAGUCCAAUCAUACGGCUUCGUCGCUUCCCCGACCAACCACGUUAGCUAGGAGACGGUCACUCCAAUCUCUGGAUACUGGUGAUGUGAAAGAUGGUAGACCCAGUUCGGCUCAGGAAAGCGCAAAACCUACAAGAGGCCUUGCACAAACGGCGAGGUCGUUGACCAGUGCUGACAGAAAGCAAGCCCUUGCAUCUGUCAAUGCGGCGGCUGCAGCCGCACAAAAAUGGGGUUGGGGAGUGCUUGCAAGAAAUAGACAACGCGAGGCUCAGGCUGCAACCGAAAGGGGAUCAAACGAUCCCUCAGGCCCUCCUACCCCAAGAGAGCCUAUGGGACGUGGAAGGCCUCUUCCACCACCUGGAAUCCCUCUUCCUCCGCCAGAAAAACCAGCUAGACCCAGUGUGUUCAUGGUGCCCAAACGAAAGCCUGUACCGCCCCCAUUGCUUCCAAAGCGUCCGGAGGUCAACGGAUCGAACGACGCUGGUUUGGCCAAGUCCGCAUCAAAGCCACCACUACCAGAGAGGCGGAAACGACAAAGCUCAAUACAACCGGACGAUGAGUCUGAAGCCGACGUCCUCGUAGUGGAAGCUCCUACAGAAUCGGCACCUACGAGUCCGGCCGCGGUCACAGACGAACACCAUGAUGAUUUCUUUGGACAUGGCGAGACGCCAGACACAGAGAGUGACACGAAGCCUCCACUACCGGAUCGACGGAGUGAAACUCCGCCUCAUCUUUCGGAGGACAAAGAAAAUAUGCACAGACAGGAAUUGAGUAUGUAUAUCUAA